AGGCGUGAUGCUGUGGACACCAAAGUUGUAGAAGAUCGCCGCAGUUUCGGAGAACGCAUCAUGGCAGCGACAUCAUGUGACAGACAGAACAAUGAAACGCUCCUCCACAAGAUGGCCGAAGGGCUGCUGACGAGAGGCAGAUGGUCCGGUGGAGAAGCGGGUCUGGCGGUGCCGUCGCUCCUCGGUGGGCUUCAGCAGCUGCUCCGAUUUAAUGAAGAGGAAUUGGACAUCUUGCGAAGGAACUCAGACUAUGGACCUCGUCGAGCCACUUCAGUCUCCUUCCGUGCACCAAGAGAAGAAGUCCCGCGGUGAUGAAGGUCAGACUCGUACGUACGCAGCAAGCGAGAGGAUGAGAGCCUUUUUAUUGGUGUGAAGAGUGGCAUGAGGAGACGGCCAUAUAAGGCGGGAGGCGAAGCUGAAGCUGAUGGAGUGCGAGCACCUGAUGAGAUUGGCGGUGGAAGAUGUGGAGGAGGUUUGGACCCGUGGCCUCGACACAGCGUCUCGGUUAUCAGUGUGUUCAUGCAGCUCUCCCAAAGUCAGACGGUGUGAAAUUGCAGCAAAGUCGAGCGGCUUUGUAGAAAAAAGGUGCCUCAGAAGUCCAUUCGCCAUAUCAGCAUCUUUCUCCUCCACAGCAGAAGACCCUAUUAUCGUGUGUGCGUGCAGGCAACGGGAAGUGUGCAGUGAGGCUGAGCAGGAAGCUCCACGAGGCCUUCACAUUGGUUAGGUCCUCGCCUGCAGCCAGAUGUAAUUGGCUUAUACACAUUCCUGCUGGGAUUAGCUCUCCAUUUGUGUCGGUGGCAAAAAAGACGAGAAAAAGAUCCGUGGAAAUGUUUAGGCGGCAGAAGGUGCCCAACCAUCCUCCUCAUCAUCAUCGGCUUGGUGUGAGUGGACUCGGACUGCAGCACCCGAGAGAAUCCCGGUUCCAUUUUGGAUUGUCCACUUUUCCCCAGCGCUCCCGUUCGAGUCCUGAGUGAUUUUUCUUCUUGAGACGCCAUGAUCCACGGGGAGGAGGACCAUCGUGUCCCCCCAGCAGACAGCAGCGUCGACACCCGAAGGUGACCUCCAGACACUUCACCUCCCCCAAAAGUGUUUGAAUAUGCCCGGACAUAACAAUGACCUCCAACAGCACAAACCCUGGUCUCUUCCUGAUUCCCGAAACCUUGCCACCCUCUGCGGGAUCUCACCCACAAUCCAACGCUCUCCACCAAGCAGGAACAUUAUCCUGGUUGGUUGUCCACCCGAACGCCCUGGGUGACAACUCCUCCUCCGUCGUUUCCCUCUUCAACAUCACCUCGGGAUUACAGCCUGGCAAUGAAACGUCAGCUCCGGAUCCUUUGGGUGGGCACACCGUGUGGCAGGUGGUCCUCAUCGUGCUGCUGACAGGGAUGCUCUCCCUGGUCACCAUCAUUGGGAACAUCCUGGUGGUGGUGUCCUUCAAGGUGAACCGUCAGCUAAAGACCGUGAAUAACUACUUCCUGCUGAGCUUGGCCGUGGCCGACCUCAUCAUUGGGGUGAUCUCGAUGAACCUCUACACAGCGUAUCUCGUGAUGGGGUACUGGGCAUUGGGGAAUUGGGCCUGCGACCUGUGGCUGGCUAUCGACUAUGUCGCCAGCAACGCAUCAGUGAUGAACCUUCUGGUCAUUAGCUUUGACCGCUACUUUUCCGUAACCAGGCCUCUGACUUAUCGGGCUAAACGAACGACAAAGCGAGCCGGGAUCAUGAUCGGAUUGGCCUGGUUUGUGUCCCUGGUUCUGUGGGCGCCCGCCAUCCUCUUGUGGCAGUACUUUGAAGGCCAAAGGACGGUGCCGCCAGAUAAAUGCUACAUUCAAUUCCUCCAGCAACCCACCAUCACCUUCUGCACUGCCAUGGCGGCUUUCUACCUUCCUGUCACCAUUAUGAGCGUCCUUUAUUGGCGCAUCUAUAAGGAGACGGAGAACCGCUCCAAAGAGUUAGCAGGACUGCAGGGUUCGGGGGCUCGUGGUGGUGGGAUAGCGGCGAAGAACGGCGGUGUGGACAGAGCCCGUUUUGCCCGUCAAACUGGCAGUUCCAGAAGCUGCAGCAGCUAUGAGCUGACCAGAUUGUCCCAAAGAAGAAGCGCCUGUCGGGAGCUUGUCAGUCGGCUCCAUUGCUGGUCCGGGGUUAGAUCCUGGAGACCUGGUAGUAUCCGACAAGGCGAGGGCGAUCCGGAUCAGAGCAGUAGCGACAGCUGGAACAACAACGACAACGCAGUCUCACUUGAACAGUCCGGGUCAUCUGACGAUGAAGACUGCAGCGGUAGAGACGGCCAUACUAUCUUCUCUAUCGUUCUCAGCCUUCCUGGUAUCAAAGCUGCUGUCGAUUCCCAGCUCACUUCCUGUGAAGACCUGGAUGAAGCCUCAGAACAGGACCCACUUAAAGGGGCGGAAGACAACCUCGACAGAACUAGUCCCAAUGCAGAAAACAGCUACCACCAACGCUUCUGUUCCCGCAAGAUUCAGUCCAUGCCGGCUAUCCAGGCGACGCAUAACUCUGCGGAUGGGGCGGCAACCACGUCCACCGACCCCACCAUGACUACUGGCGCCGCCACCAAAUCCCCCACUGUCCCCAUGUCCUUCAAGGAGGCAGCUCUUGCUAAGCGUUUUGCCGCUAGAGCUCGGACUCAGAUCUCCAAGAGGAAACGCAUGUCCUUAGUGAAGGAGAAGAAAGCCGCCCAGACCCUCAGUGCCAUCCUCUUUGCAUUCAUCAUCACGUGGACGCCGUACAACAUCAUGGUCCUCAUCAACGCCUUCUGCAAGGGCUGCAUCCCGGACACGAUAUGGGCGGUUGGCUACUGGUUAUGCUACGUCAACAGCACCGUCAAUCCAAUGUGCUACGCCCUGUGCAACAAGACCUUCCGCACCACCUUCAAGAUGAUACUGCUGUGCCGCUGGGACCAGAAAAGGCGGAGGAAGCAGCAGUUCCAGCAGAGGCAGUCAGUGAUCUUCCAUAGGAGGAUUCCCAGGGAGUCCACGUAAAAAGAUGUUGACGUUGGAAUGAAAGCAAGAGGCUUCCUUAAAGAGUCUCGUCCACCAUAGCAAGUUUGGAUGUACGUCCAUGUUUAUGCUACAGGUGCUCCACAAGAACAUUUUGUCUUGGAGGACCAGUCCAGUUCAUGUGUUCUAGAAAAGGGCUUUCAACGGAACUUGUCGGCGGGUGAAGUAUUUAAGUGCAAUUGACUGAAGGAGGCUAAACGGUCGUCACACAAUUAAAUCUUUCCUCUUUUUGUCGCUAGCUACAUUUGUAACGUGCAGAGUGCUUUUAAACACAACUUGGUGUGAAUGAAAGAACUAGAACUGUGUUGUGUUCACUGACCAUCACAUCUCCUGUACAUUGCCUUCCUGCUUCGGUACAAGUUGUGUUUUAUGGGGUAUAAAAUAUUCUACAUUUGUGCAGAAUUUUUUUUAUUUUUUGUGCUAUUUUUUUUUAAAUUAAUAUUCUUGAACCUUUUGAGCCAGUCUUCAAAUGAUGAAUAUGAGUUGUGAAUAUUCCGCACCGUCAGUGAACUGCUCCUGUGUUCAAUGUGACGACGAGUCUUGGUUGUGUUCUUGUACUUUUUCCUGUACGCAGUUGUGAAUAUACAAUGAUGGUAUUCUGUUAUGUGUACUUUUCUGACCCACACACUAAAAUGUCAAUUUGUGUUGACGCUAACGUUGAUGUCGACGACAAAGCGGUGUUAAUUGAAUGACGAGUGCAGUUGUUAUUUGGCUGGAGCAACAGCGGCCUCUUGUGGCGACGGAGGGACCUACAGUUCUCACCAGCCCAUUCAGCCCAAGUGAAACCAGUGUUCACAUUAUUUAAUAAACUAUACUAGUGAUUAAACAGGGCGGGGAAUUAUUAUUACGUUUCUGGUUUACUUUACUGCACAUAAUUCAUUUAAAUUCGCACUGAAGAUUGUUUAUAAAAAUGGUCAACUUUAGACUACAGUUCUCUACUACCCUCUAGUGGCUGAUUACGGUACAGCAUUUGAAACUUUUAAAAAUCUGAUAAGGGACAUUUUGAUUGACAACUGCCAUCUUUAAAAUAAAGUGUAUACUUUUGAGUAUUGUACAAUUGACAGCUGCCCUUCUACUGUUUAUGUACUGUGUGCAAAAAAAAAAAGAUGUUCAAACCAUUUUGUCACUUGGUAUUUGAUAUGCACCCAUCACAAAGACUUUUCUGAAGAACAUUUUGGUCAUAAGUACUGGGAAUGUAAACAUGGUGAACACAAGUUUGUUUUGUUUUGUUACGUUAAAGUAUGCCAAUCAUUUUAAGUCAAUAAACAG